AUGAAAACAAAACUUGAAAUACUUCCACCUGAAAUAUUGUCAAUUAUAUUUUCUUAUUUAUCAUGGAAUGAAAUUUUAGAAUCAUUUUGGUUGCUUAACACACGCUUUGAUUCUCUUAUUUGUUCUUUAUUUUCUGUAAAUAAAACUGGAAUCAUUUUAAAUAAGCCAGGCAUUUCGUAUCAAAAAUUUUCAUCAACAUUAUUUCCUUUAAUAUGUAAUUCAUUGUCACUAUGUUCUGCUAUUAAAUAUAUUCAUUUCGAUGGACUUAAUUCAAUAUCUUAUGAUAUCAUUGGUCAAAUUCUUUUUGGUAAGAAUAAUACAAAAAACAUUAAUUUUCCCAAUCUUAAAUCACUUAAUCUUACUGAAUGUUCGUUGUCUGAAUCAUUAAUUGAAACGUUAUCUUUUCUUAUUCAAAAUCAAUUGAAUCAAUUGAAGUUAAAAUUCAAUGAAGAAGCCUUUGCAUUAAUUGAAGCUCAAACAAAAUAUUGUUCAGGUGGUUUAAAAUCGGGUAAAUUAAUGUAUCGCUGGCAACAAUUUAUACAUCAAAUAUUCUCUGAUGAUUCUCAAUUGAUUUCUCUUGAACUUGACAUUAGCAAAUCCAGUUAUUACAUUCAUAAAUGUUUAAAAUCUUAUUCUCAUCCUUUAUCAAACGCAACUUUUUAUGAAUUUCAUUCUUGUUCUGCAAUGCUACGCUAUUUACACAUUCAUAUUAAACAUCGAUACUUUCUGGAAGAUCUCAUUUUAUGUGUACCCAAUCUUGAAGAAUUAUCAGUUCAAUUUCAAAGUUCACUAACCAUUUUUACAGAACCUGAGUCAAUAAUUCAAAUGAUAAAAUCACCACACGAAUAUUGGUUUAAUAAAGUGCCAAAAUUGAAGUAUUUUACAUUGAAGAGUCAUGUUGAUGAUGAUGCAGAAUUUGCUUAUUUAAAAUGGCUUCUUAACAACGUUAAUCAUGUUAUAAAACUUAAACUUCAUUUAUCGAAUAGCGGAAUAUGGCGAGCAGAUCAAACGAUAUGGAAAUCUAUGAUUGAUGCAGAUUUUAUUGUUAAAUAUUUUUUACCUGAUGAAAUAAUGAAUUUAAAAUAUUUUGAAUUUUACAUUUGUUCAAAAUGUAAUACAUUAUCAUAUGAUAUGGAAAAAACAAUAAAUUCAUUUAAAACAAAUAAAUUUUUUGUUGAUCAUGAAAGCACUAAUGUUCAUUGUUUCUAUGAUGAAAAUCUGUCAUAUCAACAUAUUUUCUCAUUUGGUCCAAAUCAUUUUCGACAUUUUCACGGUUUAUGUAAUCAUUCAUAUGGUGACGAUUGGCCGUACAUUCGACAAAUUUAUAUUGAUUGCCAUCCAUCGCUGUAUUUAUUUCUCGAACGAUUGGAUGUAUAUUUUCCUCGUGUUUCUUCUAUUAUUAUUCCUAUCUAUAACUACCCGGAUAAGUCGCAGCUUCUCAAGUCGUUAACAGGAAUAUUCAAAAUGGAACAAUGCAAUCAGAAUAGUAUUCGAUUUCAAAAUGUAACAAAACUUCAAUUUGGACUUAGCUUUUCUCAUUGCAUAAGUCCUUGCAGUAGUGUAUCAGAUGAGGACAAAGUGCGUGCAAAACUAUUUGCAAGACUUAUUUCGAUGCCUGUCCAACUAAAAUAUCUUCAUGUUGGACAAUUUGAAUGGCUUUUGUAUGUUAUUCUAUAUGCUUCUGACGAUUUGAGACAAAAUGCAUUAACUAGUGUUGUGUAUGCUGAAUUCUGCAUUUCAAGCUGUAACCGUGGUAACAAUGAAUCAAUUCAUAUUGGUAAACACUUGGUACCUCUGCUGAAUACUCAUAUGCCUAAUUUACAAACAUUAAAGCUCUGGAGACCAGAUGAUUUUCCGUGGACAUCGCUUCGGCCUAAUUUUAAAACAGGACACUUUUACUGGUCUGCACUCAUGCGAUGGAUGAAAUUGUUAGCAACAUCUCAAUCAAUAAAUGAGCAUGUAACUACUUUUGAACAAGAUCUUUAUGAAUUAGUUGACAAAUUAAAACGAUUUACAUUUCUUGAGAUUCAUGGGAAAGUUUCUUAUGAAAAAGUUGAAGCUUAUCGUUCUAUGACUCAAAAUCAUUUUUCACAAUGUCGAACUGAUAUUCAAACAACACGAUUUCGUCUUUGGAUUUAA